AUGCAAAACGUUUCGCCACGUCAGGCAGGAGAUGGAGGCUCUAGAGUUGUGGCCGUCCUCCACGCUCAGGCCUCCCUCGCCCAAAUGGCCGGAGCAGCCAUGGCAGGUGUGCGCCUUACGUUGCCCUCGCGAAGGGUGCUGUCGCCAACGCCCAACUGCAGCGCCAGAAGUCCGCAGGUCACUUCGCGGGAUAGCCCGCGCUUUCAUCCGGUACCGUCCAUGGCGGCAGUGGCCAGCAGUGCUUUGUCCACAGGCAGCGUCCAGUUGUUGACCGCCAACUCGCGUGCCGCAGCAAGCCCCGUGCCCAUGCGGGCAACCGUCGGCACCUUCACAGCUCGAUCAGUGUCGCCACAGCGCACCGCUGCUUGGAGCAUGAGCCUCCCAGUGGGGCCACAUGCCCCUUCGGUGAGAGCUGCCUCUCCCGGCUCCAGAGCUCUACCUCACACCCAGAGUGUGGUGCAACCUGUGCAGUGUGUGAUGCGAGCUGCGGUGCAGACCGUGCAGCCCACGAAUGCCCCAGCACCCAGGCGGCCAGCGGUUGGCAUUGCUUUUCCUGGAGCGGCCCUACCUCCUGGUGCUAGCCAUCAAAGGAUACCCCCUCGACGCAGAAAGAAUCGGAUAAGUGAACCGACCUUCAGCAUUGACCGCCCCCUUCUCCCAUGGAAUGCGGCCAUGGUGCCAGAAGGUGAACAGACCCAGGACGCGGCGGAGCUUUCCGAGGCUGUGAUGGAUGGAGUUGCAGCCGCUGCGAAUGAGGCAGCUGCUCAGCAACUCAUGCUGGGACCCGCAGUUGCUCUGGCACCAAGCUCGGAGAGCGUUCGUGCAGUUCAGCAAGAAGGAGUUGCAUCUAUUCAAGACGCCUUGUCGCAAAAAACAUGUCAGCGCCUCCGUGCUUUCGUGUUGGGAGAGCUGUCUAAAGCCUGCAGAACCGUGGAAGAUGACCCGACGCAGAAGUACACCUUGUUUUCGCGGGACAUACGGGAAACCCGUGCAUCAAAGACUGCACUGGAGACCCGGUUCGAGCUGCAGUUGCCACGUACAAACAUCACCGAAACCGCCCUCAUGGAAGUGCUCCAUGGUCAGGUGGGCAGUACGCUCGUGACCCUGGCAGGUUCUGAUGCAAGGCUCUGGGAGUUCACAGCCAUGGUUGCUAUGCCCGAUGCUAUUCCUCAGCGCUUGCAUUGCGACACUGGAUCACCCUCCCCAGCUUUAUUCACGACAUUCGUGGCCUUGCAGGAUGUGACCGAGAACAUGGGACCCACACGGUUGAGCCCUCGAGUUGCAUCCUUGAGUCCUUCGCGUACCUCGAACGCUGCACCGCUGCAGUGUCCGCAUGCAGCACAUGGGGCGUCGAAGGCUGGCCCCAUCAUCCCCGUCGUCCGACAGAUGGAUAUGAUGCCGGUCAAGCAAAAUCUCGGCUACCCGAAGGCGGCAUCUCACCCUUGCGCAGCUGGCCCGACACAGACGAGCCAGACGGCCAGUGGAAGCCCUAUCGCUUCGAUGGAGAGAAGCCGAGGCUCUGACAAGAAGGCGCAGCAGGCUAGUGUCUGCAGCCCUGUGCGCUGUGUGCUGUUGGAUGGGUCCCGCCGCGGCAGCCCAAUGCGAGUCCAGGAGGCAUGCGUGAAUUCUACCCAAGGCAGUCCGGUCCUCUUGGGAACUCCCAAGUUGUCGAAGCAUCCAGAUGCCUCCAGCCGCGGCACUCCUGUUCGCAUUGUAGGUGGGCCGCCAAUGCAAGGGGCCUGCUGCAAGACUGAGCUUGCAGAGAAUGCGCGUGCUGCUGCCUGCGCUGCAGCAUCUCCCAUAAUUCAGCCGGCAGGAUCAGGCAUCUCAGACCCACAAUCUGAGACUCGGACUCCCAGUGGCAGCUUGCAAAGUCUUCCAGUAGUGAGUGGCUCCUGCAAGCUGAUUGGACAAGCAGCUCCGUGCCCUGAUCCGUUCCUUUCGACUGGGCCAUCGGCAGCUCCACUCUCACCAAUGGCACGCACACCUGAGCCACCAGGUGACGGAAGGAAUGGCAGUUGGUCAGGUCUGGAUUCCCGCCAGAGCUUGACGUCGUCUUUCCUCGGCAACGACAACAGCUCCCCACCGCAGUUUGGCUCAGCCAAGAUUCUCCAUACCUCUUCGAACAAGCACCGGACCCUAUCGCCCGGUGCUGCAUGCGUAGUGCUGCCGCCUAGCCCCGAGAUUGCUCCUCGGAGUGUUGGGCCGAUAAGCUCAGACGUCCAGGGGCCUGCAGGUGAAUCCCAUAUCCAAGCGACGCUGUUCGAGUUGUUUCGCGUGCCUAUCUCCGAGCCACAUGUUGCAGAGCAGGUCGGAAAGGAGAUCGCCAGACAAGCAGAGACUCUGUGGGACGAUUUGGUGAUCCUCCGACCGGUGCAGAAUCUUGCAAGCGCCGUAGCUCGUUCUAUAUCAAGCUCAGGCCAGGCAAAAGAUGAACCGCUUUGGACAGAACAUCUUGGUGACGAAGAAGCAUAUCAGGGCUGGUGGAAAUUUCUGUUGGCCAGGUAUGGGUUGUCUGGCUCCGGAGAUUCGAUCUUGCAUGCGGAAGUCACUGAUCUUGCAGUUGCAGCAUGCCGAAUGCUUCGGGAUCAUUUUGCGCCGUCCAAGUAUGUGCGGAAUCUUCGAACUGUCCGAUCUGGCGCCAAGCGAGUGCAUGAUCGUUAUGACAAUUUUCGACACCUCUCCAGCUCGACCUUUGCAAAACACUAUCGCUGCCGGAGUCGCUUGAGCUUCGAAGACCGAUUGUGCAGCCAGACACGCAAGAGUCAGCUGGCGUGCCCAGCAGACCAGCUUCGAGUCGAAGUGGAAGUGUUGAGAAGCCUGGAGCAUCCGCAUCUUCCGCGCGUGGUUGAAAGCUUUGAGGACUUCAAUGACAUCUACAUAAUUUCCGAAAUAGUGGACAACGUGCGACUUCUGCAUUUCAUGCAGACGCGCUUGGACAUGCGGACUGGAAUUUCUGAGGGCUGGCUCGCACAGGUCUUCAAGCAGAUCUUGGAGACCUUGAGCUACUGUCAUCAGCUAAAGCCUCACAGCCUCGUGCACGGCGAUAUCGGCCUGGAGACCGUAGGCCUCGCCUCUGUCUCGGACGCCGCCUGCGCGCCCCACGUGGUGAUUUCAGGGCUUGGUGUCGCCGGCACGCUGCCUUCUCCCUCACUGCGGUAUACUUUGCGACUUUCUGGAAGGCUUUCCCGGAGUUCGCAACCGGUGUCCGAACUGAUCGCACCGCGUUCAGAUGUCGAAGAGCUUUGCAGCCCGAAGCACGACGUCUGGUGCUGCGGCUGCUUGCUCUACCUGCUGCUUACAGGGCACGUCCCGGGUGAUGCAUUCUUUGGGGAGACUUUCCGGCCGAAGGCGAGCAGCCCAGAUUGGGCUCUUGUCCGCCACGCUUCAGCACAGGCAGAGGCACUGUGCUCACGAAUGCUGGAGAGUGAUGCAGCCCGAAGACCGUCCGCAGCAGACUGCCUUUGCUAUCCAUGGCUACAGUCCGGAAGCAAAUUCUGCUUCAAGAUGGUCCCCUUGUCCGUCUUAGAGAAGAUCAUUCAAAUCGAGCAGCAAAACCAGGAAUGCAAGGAGGUCGUGGGAGACGUCGUGGCUGAGUUGAGCUUGAGAUCGGUUUCAUGCGCGAGCACAGCCUUUGCAACCCUUGCAAUGCCCUCACAAAGCUGGGGUGAUCCGCUCGAAUCUGUGCAGCUGACGCCUUUUCUCUCGGCUGCUCCGCUUCUGCAGCUUGGCAUCUCCGUACCGAAUGUCGAGAAGGUCAUGCGGGCCUUUGCCGUCCCUUCUGGCCUGAUCGCCCACGGAUCCUUCGUGAAGCGCUGCCUGGAGCUGGCUGAAGAUCAGCUGGAUCGCUCCUUGUGGCGCCUCUUCGUCGCGGCGAGGGAGGACGAAUCAGGUGUCCUGUCCGCCAGUCAGCUGGAAGAGGUUCUCCACGGUGAUGUGUCAGAGGCUUCUGCCGCUGGCGGCAAGGAGCUUUCUUGGCCAACGAUCUGCUUUCAGCUUGCGUGGCAAUGGGUGCGGGUCGGCUUGCCUGAAGCAGGAUGCCGCGGCGGAAAGCAGGAGCCUCGGAGAGGUGGUCGCAGUGUCAACUUGGACAGGAAACUUUUCUUCAACUUGUAG